CCCAGUAGGCUCGUUGUGUUCCCGGGUGCCAGGGGUGCCGCUUGCCCUCCAGAUGGUUACUGCAGGGCCCAUCUGUGUAAAAUGGUGUUAAGCCAGCAGAGGCUUGAGGAUUCACUAAUACUGUACACCUGGAAGUCACAGCUGGCUGAAAGACAGUGGAGUCAUCUUCACCGUGUCUCCUCGCUCCUUCGUCUACCCUGCAAUUGAGGCAACUAAGUACCCAUGGAUGUCUGAAACAAUGAGCAUAAAUGAGGAGAAGAAGAGACCUCCUCUGAAUGGGAGAAGAGCCCUCCCAUCAAACAACUCCAAUGAUGAAGAAAAUGAGGUCCCUGAGAUGGAGGCUUUUGGAUUGCUACCUAGAGGAUUUAAUCCAAAAGAUUACCUGCGUGUUGUGGAAAUUCAUAUGUUCAAGGAGCCCCACGAGAUCAACAAGCAGCAGCACCACACUGACAAGUACUACAGCCCCAAGUUGAUAGUGCGUCGGGGACAGUCUUUCCAAAUCCAGAUUGACUUCAGCCGCCCCUACAAUCCAGAGACAGACCAAGUCUGGUUGGAGUAUUUGAUAGGUCGCUACCCACAGCAAAAUAAAGGCACCUACAUCCCAAUCCCAGUAGGUAAUGUGCUGAAACCUGGUGAGUGGGGAGCCAAGAUUACACACAAAGAGAACAACUCCAUUCGCCUGUCCAUCAUGUCCUCUUCCACCUGCAUUGUUGGGAAGUUUCGCCUGUAUGUUGCUGUCUGGACUCCCUUUGGCAUCCUCCGGACACACAGAAACUCGGCAACUGACACUUACAUCCUGUUCAAUCCCUGGUGCCAGCAGGAUGCUGUGUAUCUGGAUGAUGAGAAGGAAAGAGAAGAAUACGUCCUGAAUGAUGUUGGUAUUGUUUUUCAUGGAAACAUCAAUGACAUAAAAUCAAGAAGCUGGAGUUAUGGUCAGUUUGAAGAAAACAUUCUGGAUGCUUGCCUGUUCCUGAUGGACAAGGCAGAACUGGAGCUGUCUGGGCGUGGAAACCCCAUCAAAAUCUGCCGUGUUGCCUCUGCAGUGAUCAACUCCAGGGAUGAUAAUGGUGUGAUUGCUGGAUCCUGGGACAAUGCAUACACUUACGGUGUUGCACCUUCAGCCUGGACAGGAAGCGUGGACAUUCUCUUGGAGUAUUACAGUUCUAAGCAACCUGUGCGAUAUGGCCAGUGCUGGGUCUUUGCUGGUGUCUUCAACACAUUUCUGAGGUGCUUGGGGAUACCUGCAAGACUUGUUACUAACUAUUCUUCUGCCCAUGAUAACAACGCCAAUUUACAGUUGGACUUCUUUCUGGAUCACGAAGGGAAAGUGGACACCAAAAUUACAAAAGACUCUGUCUGGAACUAUCAUUGCUGGAAUGAAGCUUGGAUGACCAGACCUGAUCUUCCUGUUGGUUUUGGAGGAUGGCAGGUUGUUGAUGGGACACCCCAAGAAACCAGUGAUGGUAUGUACAGGUGUGGCCCAGCCUCAGUUCAAGCCAUUAAACAUGGUCAUGUUUGCUUCCAAUUUGAUGCUCCUUUUGUCUAUGCUGAGGUGAAUAGUGAUAUUGUUUACUCAAGAAGGGAGAAAAACGGAACCCAAGUGAUAGAAAAAAUUGACACAACCCAUGUUGGGCAGUUGAUUGUGACCAAGGAAGUUGGGGGUGAUGGAAUGAUGGAGAUUACUGAGGAGUACAAGUUCCAAGAAGGCUCAGAGGAGGAGAGACUGGCUCUUGAGACUGCUGUGAUGUAUGGCAUUAAAAAACAAAGUGCACAAGACACCAUGUAUCAGCCACAGACGGAUGUUGACAUGGACUUCCAAGUGCAAAAGGCAGUCCUUGGCAGUGACUUUAAAGUCACUAUAACUUUCAGGAACAAAAGUCACAACUACUACACUGCUACUACCUACCUUUCAGGCAACAUAGUGUUUUAUACUGGAGUCACAAAAAAUGAAUUCAAGAAAGACUCUUUCAGUGCAAAACUGGAACCCUCUUCAUCCAGCUCUUUUGAUGUUGUGAUCAAAUCGAGUGAGUACCUGAGUGACCUGCUGGACCAAGCUUCCUUUCAUUUCUUUGUGACGGCACGGAUCAAUGAAACGGGGAAGAUUCUGGCCACGCAGAAGGCAACAGUCCUGGAAAUUCCCACCCUGAGGAUCAAGACCCAGGGUGAGAUGGUAGCUGGAAAAGAAAUGUCUGUGACUGUGGAAUUCACCAAUCCUCUGAAACAAACCCUGGAGAAUGUCACGCUCCGCCUUGAGGGUCCUGGUGUGCUGAGAACGAUGAAAAAGGAGUUCAGGCAAAUCCCAGCAAACUCUACCUUGAUCUGGGAAUUAAAAUGCAUCCCAAAGCAACCAGGGUUACGAAAGCUGAUUGCAAGCCUGAAUUGUGAUGCUUUGAGGCAUGUGUAUGGUGAGCUGAGAGUCCAGAUUCAGAAACCAUGAACCAAGAUGCUGCCUUCAUCUCUUAUUUAGCUAUAUUUCAAAAUAUCGGGGGGGGGGAGGAGGGCAGAGAAGAGGUCAAAAUCCACUUAUUGUUAUUUUUGUCAUCCUUCGGCUGAACAAGAUUUGAUAAAGAAAAUUAAUUGGUAAGAAUGGGGAGAGAAUGAAAAAGCACCUGGAUCGUGAAUGAUUUAAAAUUAGAUACAAGUAAUUAAAGGUAAUUCUAGGCCAUAUUAUUCCUAUAGUUCACUUGUAUUUAUGGUCUUUUGCAUUAGUGCUGCAAGGGAAUCUGAAAAGCUCCAUUCACCAAAGUAGUCUGAACUUUAGUUUUAAUUAAGGCCUGAUACUUCACUGAAAAAGGAAAAAAAAAAAAAAAAAAAA